AUGGAAGAACACCCAAAGGCUUUAGAGCUGCCUUCUGAGGACGACCCUACUAUAGAGGCUUCACCUCCAGGGACAUCCAAGGCUGUAACGCCCGAUGAUGUUCUCCCAAAGGACGAAGUAUCAAAAGAACAAGUUGAAGACAGCAGUAAAAAUUGUGAACAACAAGGUAUAGAUGAUGGCAAUGAAGCCGCUUUAAACAGCAUUGAAAGCAUGGAAGAUCCUGCGCCGAUCUGCGCAACAACCAAUCGUGACUUGAAUUUCACAGAACCUCCGUCUAGAACGGAGGACAUUAACGAACAUGCUCAGCUGGACUUGACGGAAGAAGCCGAGCGCUUCCAUCCUGUGAGUUCCAUUCAAAUGACAAAUGAUCAAGACGAGUCUGCCAUGAAUUUCGUUACGUAUGAGUCUGGGGAAACACAUGUGCAGAACGGUUAUACUGCAGAGGAAGGAACAGAGCAGAUAUUUCAAGCGCAGUUAAACCAGAGCAAUCCUGACAAUCACCAGAAUAAUAAUGGUGACGGCUGUGACACCGUAGGUACAGAGGAAGCGUGUAAGAAUGCUUGUGUUGAUAACGGAGAGUGGGCUAGUGGUAAAACGCACCAAGAGAAGGAGGAAUUAGACAUGACUGCUGGACACCUUUUAUCCGCCAACCCUAACAGCGCCAACUCCCUAUGCAUCAAAGCCUCCUCCCCUGUUGAGACUACUAUGACUUUCGACGCAGAAGUCAGAGAAGAUGAGGAUUUAAAAGAACCCUUAAAACUCACCAGCAGCGUUCAAGAGAAUGACGUCGAAAUUAGUCCUGAAUCUCAACCUCUGUCAUCGGUACCGAAUCAAAUGAAAUAUAGUAAUGGAGUGGAGGCAUGUGGGGAACCCCAGAUGAUUCAGCAGAACCAAACGACCAUCGCCUCUCAAGAGCAGCCUAUAGAGUCUACUGAAUUGUCCGAAGGUCAUGGAAACAAUGUUCAGGAGUCCGUUAGUGAGGCAUUAUUAAUAGACGACAGGGUUGCUGUCCAACCCUGUACUGAAAUGCCAUGUAAGAUUGUGGACUAUGUCCAAUCAAAAGAAUAUGGUUCCGUAGUCGAAAAACAAAAUGGAGAAGACGAGAAGGACCGAACAAAUCUACUGAAAUCUGAAACCGAAGAGGUUUUGCUGAACGAAAAGGAAAAUUUAACUAAGGAUGAUUUUGAAACAAGGUACGCCGAGUUUGUCGGGCGUAUUCUUCCAGGUCACGACGUCUAUUAUUCCGAGAAGGAUCAGUCUGGACAGGAAAUUCCCCGUGGAGGCACUUUGCACAGGCAUGUUGAUGCUCGUUCUCCUUAUGCGAUGCUCUGGGACACUUCUAACGCUUCGGUGAGGACCAAGUCGGCCACUCUGGGUGCCCGAUCGCGACGACAACCAAUGAAGCCUCAACCAUCGAUCAAUGACGACCACCUAUUUCCGGAUUCCGUCACACCGUCGAAAGUAGACAAAACGCUAGUAGAGACGCAAACAGCAGAAAACAGUGACGCAAAAUAUGACGUGCCCUUUAUGGACGAUGAUGCCUUUCUACCCCGCCGGAUGCGCUCAAAGAGAGGGGAGGGGGAUGAAGAGGACGGGUACUCGGACUCGGACUCCGAUUACGAGAGCGGAGAGCUCUGCAAGAGUUUUCUGACCAAAGAUCAUUUGGCGCAUUUGGAUGACACGUCUACACAUUCCAGUAAGCCAGUUAUUUAUUAACGCCAGCUAACCAUUGUUUUGGCAACUUAUCAACUUGGAGUCUGAGGUUUUGGGGCCGUUUACUUAAGCGCACAUUACCUUGAAAAGGAACAAAUCACACUAGGUCUAAUGAGUUUAUUAUUUUAAAUGAACACUGUCGUCUUAAACUGUAAUACAGCAGGCCAGCACGCAGCAAAUGAUAAUCAAUACCGAAAAGUUAUAAUGGUUGAAAGGAAAAUCAAUUCGAGCAGGUGAGAAGAAGAGAGCCCAUUGAUUUUAGCACUGACAAAAAGCUCGGAUGAAAACAAAUGUUAAUCUGGUAUAAGCAAAUAGUCCCUCUUCUCGGGAAAAGACAUUUAGCCGAAUUUAUUUACAUUUACACACACAAAUAAGCGGAGGCAAAUGCCUCGUGCGGUUUUUAAAUGAAGUAUAUCCUAAAUUAAUCUUGUAGUUUUCGAUGACAUAUCUGCAUCUGCCAAAUAAGUCAGGUGAUCUAACUUAUUCAAUGCGGAUACGUCCAUGAAAAAUCUCAAAAUACAGGACACCGGCCCAACCGCGUCGCUCAAAACGUUCUAUUAACUCGUUGAACUAGUUUCAGGUAAACGAAAAUACAAAAGACUUGUUAUGUGGUAGCGCGUUUAUCAGAAAUGACAAAUAUUUUAAGAAAAGCAGAGAUGCCGGAAAUAUAAAACCUACCUAAAACAAGAAGACUUAUUUUAAGAAUAAUUAGGACAAGCAAAACCGUUUAACCACAACUGGGAAAGUCUGGCUGACAUUGUUCGGGCCACAUGUAUAUCCUGAAAACAGUAAUGUGGCAUUAGAAACGGCAGCCGGUCAUCUGUUUGAUAUUUAACAAGUGUAUUUAAGAUGGGGUGCAGAAAUUUAGGUAGAACGUUUUGCUUGUGCACUAUCCGGGCUAUGGAUUGUCCGGCAACUGCGAUCGUAACUGGUUUCAUCAGUAAAGCUGACCGGAGGGCGGACAGAAAUAACAGUUGAAGUAAAUGUGGGAGCGCAACGUCUUCUCUUUUCCGAAGUAAAUUCAGGGGAUGCAUAGGAACAUUCGGUCGUUUAUGUAUGCCUUAGAUUGGUACUGUCAGUUUUGUCUGCAAAAACGCGUUUUUCCUUGUACAUUGAAAUAAAUUUCUCUUUACUUUGUCAACUUUAAGUCCAAUUCCACGACAAAAAGUAUGCUGCAGAGUUGUCACAUGGAUAAUAAAAUAUAUGCCAAACGAUUAAAGCGGUGGCCUUUCCAUUCUCUAAUUGCGUAUCCGUUAAAAAUAAUCUCCGCCGACUCACAAAUUGAAAUUUUUAUGUAGAGCUUAAGUCUGUUCAAACAAGCGUGACUAAUCCCCGACUAUGCAGCUGUAGUCUAUGGUGGUAAUUAGCAUAUAAAAUUACCUCCCACCCCAAAUAUUGUCCCUUUGCCAACAGAAUAACUUAAAAAUAACUUUUGACAGAAAAAAGCUGUUGUACAACCAGUUAAAUGGCGCAGAGAAAUCUCCAGCAUUAGAGCAUUUAAACUUGACGAUCAUAAUUUCAGUUACCAUCUUCUACCGGUCCAGUCGUCUGCUGUUGAAGAAGCCGUAAAAUAUAGACAUUAUACUUAGAGGGAGUAAACUUCUGUUGUGAGUCUUUGUAAGCGAAACAACAUUCGUCUUAUAAAUGCCCAGUGCAUCAACCUUCAGUUCGGUAAAAUUCCUGAAGGAAAGGUGUGACGCCUGCUGCAUAAAUAUGGUAGGAAUUUACGUUUAUCAAGCAGAUCGAUCAUUUUUUACAUUAACCCAUGCCAGUAUCUUAACCUUACUCGUCAGGCUCACUAUGGCAGUUUAAGUAAAAACCUGCUAUGCUUUAAUGAAAACAUAAUAUUCGUUUUACAGCAUAUUAUCAUUACGUAGUAAGAAGCAUCGAAAACAGCGCGGAAAGUUAGCAUCUCGCAUAAAUUAACUACACGUCUGCCCACUUUCAUUGUCAAAGAAGAUGCUCUUGUCUUUGCUUUAAACAACAUUUGGACAGGGUUUUUUUAAAGAUGUUAAGCCUCAGCUAUUUUUUUAACUUUGCUAAAAAUCCCGAAAAUAUCUAUCAGGUGAGUAUGGAAAGUCGUUAGGGAAUCCACUAAACUCCGUUCGAUUUCCCAAUGAUCCUCGACUGACUAAGUUCCGUUAUUAAUAGGUGAUAUAAACGGAUUGCCUAACCUAGUUCGUUUAAAUGGCUUUCCUCAGUGUACUGGGUCUUUUCAAAUAAGGCGUGUAUCAAAAGGAGCAAAAAAGUACUUCUAUAUGUUGCAUACUUUCCCGUGUCUAUUACACAAGCAUUUUUAACCUUGUUUUGCUUAAUUCAAAAAAAAAUUAUUUAUGAAUUUUGGUCAGUUCGAAAGAAAUCUUAAAAGAAGGUUGACUGAUUUGAUAACGACUGAUUAACGGUGUUUGUUGCUUGACGUCAAAGUGCGAAUCCGCUAAAAUGUUCGGAUUCCUAAUUUGUUAGUUUUUUGUCUACCAUACAGAGAAGUAUCUCUUUAGUGCACUUUCUAAAUAGUCUCUCAUUUGAUUUAUGAAUUUGUUUUUAGAGAAAACGGUUUUGAAAGAUCUUACCAUCUCCAAAAGUAACUAGCGCUCUAAAUUACAUUACAAAAUUACGUUAUAGAUGCUUAGGUGAUUUUGAUGCAUGUCUUGCAGUAAAACCCAAGAAACCGGCUGAUAUUAAGACGAAUGCCACUUUGCCUUUGGAUUUUUAAACAGUUGUUGACUGGUUCAUUUUCAUUCAUAGUUAAAAAUUAAUAACCGACAAAAAUUAAUAAACUGAUCCUCUGAAAAUUACCAUCUUUAGAACCAGUCGAAAACAAGCUGAGAAAGGUAGAUAUUACCGGAUAGGGGACUAAAACCAUAGAGUUUUAUAUCUGAUAACAGCUUUUGCUCUGCCUUAUGAGAAAAUGGUUGUCGCGUCAUCGGACUCUAAUAAUUCAAGUCACAACUAAUUUAUUCUAAUAUUUCAUCGGAAAAUUAGUAAGUUCUCUACAUAGAUUAAAUCAGAUAGAACCUCAAAAGCGUAUUCAUUUCUCCAUCUUCAAUGUUUUCUGCACAAUAACGAAGGAAAAAAAGAUGCAAGCCUCAAAGUAGAAUAGUAGGACAGAAAAACGAUCUUCUCGUAUGUGUAGAAUCUGCCGAAAAGAACAUGUUUAGUCAACCAUAUUUAGGCUGGUUAUGUUGCAAAGGGAUAUUACUAUUAAAAGGAAAGCACGUGACAAAUCAAGUCCGCAUUAAAACAAAAAAGCUUCUUGACAAGAGUAAGGAAAACUGAAAAUAAGAGGGGUUUUUUGGAAGAAUCAUGAUUCCUGUGAUUAUUUCUGCUGGAUGCUACUACGCUUUUUUAUGUUAAUAUUCCAGAACAACGCCCACCAAAAACGACGAGUUUUACGAUUGCAACUAAACUGUGAAUAUUCAUGAGUCUCUGAAUAACAGUUUCAAAAGUCUCAAAUGUUCGACAGGUUUAGUAAAAUAAAUAGGUUCUCAUCUGGACUUCAAAACUUCGUGUUUUCCUAAAUUUGUCAAGUCAAUUUUGAGUUCUUUAUUGCCAUUAAUGCUUCCCGAAAAUUGAAAAAUUUAGCUUACGAGUUUAAAACGAGCGGAGGUGCGUGCAGUGAGUCGACGCAGAUUACUACCUUAUUCAGUAUGUUUUUUAACUAGUAUUGACUGUUAACGCUUGCGAAAGACCUUUGUUAGCGGCUUAUAUCUCAGAGAAUGUCAGGUUUACAAGUAACAUAUGAAUGAGACUUUUGAACUAUUAUGCGCAACAGAGUUUAUGGCAUACAAUGAAGAAAUGCAACUCUAAGAUUAUGACAUAUUAACAUUCUAAAUCAAAAAUAGAAAGGACGUUUGCAUUUAGCACAACCAGCAAACACUGUGGUCACAGGUUAGUCGGAAGUAUACAUUAACUUGUAUUGAGCGAAAUCAGUUGUCGUUUGCCCACCAGAAACAAACUUCUGCAUAUGUUUAGUCGCAGAAGUAGUUAUGAAACCCAUUUAAAGGCAGCUCGUAUAACCGUGUGGUUGUUAAUUGGUUCACAGAAUUGUUUCCGUGCAUGCGACAUCUAUUAAGUGGAAUAUCGCUAUAAAUAAGGUGUAAGAAUCUUCUGGUUGUGCCCAGCCUUUUUUGGCAAAGAUCAACGGGAAAUCAAAAGCCAGGAGCCGCAUGAAAGCCACGUCUGUAACAAAUAUAAUAUUUAAUGCAAUGUUUGACCUGUUAUUCGAAAACCUUUAUUUCUAAACAUUUUCUCCCUUCGCCGAUUAGCAAUUCCCCCAAUCCCAUCUAGUUGGUUCUGGGUUUUCACAUUUCCCUGAUGAUUCCUAGUAUUAUAUUUGUCUGUUCUAUAUAACUAAACUUGACGCAUUUUCUCUAGUUCGAACACUAUUUACUGUAUACUGACGAAAUUUUAUUCAGUUCCUUUCGAAGAGCAAUCGUGCGUACAAAUUUUCGACUGCCGGAAAGAAAUAAUUCGCAUAGAUAUGUCAAAAGUAGAUUUUAAAAACAACACAAAAUGGCUCAAAUUCCGUUUUAGUCCUACCUCCUGGGCAAAAAAACUGUGGGACUGCUUCCAGCUUCCCAGCUAUAUAAUGCAGACCCACGGGUAAUCUAUCCAAUCAAGGAUAAUUCCAUGCAGAUCUUGGAAGUGAUCCUUCUGAUAAAGUACUUGACUUUAUUUCGAAAAGUACUUUUGUCUUUUGUAUCAAACAGUCGAAAUAAUAAAAGAUAAGGAUAACGCCAGAGCCCCUCUUCUUUAGUAAUGCAACCCAUGCGCAAAAGUAUGUUAUUCAAUAUCAUCCCGUUAACUAAUGAAAAUCGUCUUUGCGUAAAAGGAAGUCAGCUGCUGUAUUUACCCACUAAAAGCAAAUGUCGUCCACCGAACGAGUCGUAAUACGAUAUCAGUAGACGUAGGCAAAACUUUGCGGGUUCGACAUAUUUUACGAUUGUGUAGACCGGGAGGGCCAAAUUCUGAACAGGAAUGCAGCCAAGAGUUCUGAACUUACAGCAUGGUGUGAACUUCAUCGGACACAAAAUAUUUUGGUGGGAUCUCAAGUGGAAAAUAUUACGGAGGUGCUUUGGCAGAUUUCAAAUAAUUCGCUCUGACCCAACUGUGAAAAACUUGGUGCUUCGGUGGGAUUCGAACUCACGACAGCAAGGUGAGGCUUUAGUACAGCCAACGCUCUAGCCAUCUAAAUUACGAGGCUCCACCGGACGACGCGAGUUUAAUCAAAUUUGGGUCAGGUUUACACGAACAGCCUACUGCAACGUGUGGGAUCAGCUUACUAUAUCAGAGGAGGUGGAUUCCAGACGUUUCAGUAGGUUUGGCGGGUAAACUUAACCCAAAUUUGAUUAAACUCGCGUCGUCCGGUGGGACUCUAAAUCAGAUGGAUGAAGCGUUGGCUGUACUAAAGCCUCCCCUUGCUAUCGCGGGUUCGAAUCCCACUAAAGCACCCAGUUUUUCACACGUGUUUCAAAGUGAAAAAUAUUACAAAAAUGGGGUUGCAAAGCAGGUUAUAACAGAACAUGCUUCCAAACAAAUUUAUUUGCAUGGACUUGCUGAUAUUUCUUAUGUUUUUGGACAAAUUUUUAAAAAAUCCCAGAGUUUCAUCCAGUUCUUAGUGCGCUUUGUUACUGGAUUUUGACAGUCAUAUAAUUUCAACUGCAGUAGGUGGGGUAUCGAGUGAAUAUACUGACUAAACUUCCGACGUUUAUUCGACUAGACUGAAUUAUUUAGGCGAAAUUGCGACACUGGCGACCGUGGUGUGUCUUUUAUAAUCCUUUUGGUAGUAACUUACGGUUUUCUUUAAACCUCCAUAUCCCACCAAAGGGUACCUUUUUGAUUUUAUAAAGUUUAUACAUAAGAGAUUUUUUAAGCCCUUGAAAUUUUUAUUCAAAUAUCAUCUUAUCCGUCAGUUUAUUAAUGUUCCCUAUGAGUUGUACAGCAUAGUUCCCAUUCACUGUAUAAUUUUUUGAGUCCUAUAUGGUGUCUUAAUAACUGCGUAAAACAUUAUAUGAUUUUCCUUACAUGAAAGGAAUAGUCAGUAAGUUGAAAACCUUAAAGCUAGUACAGUUGCCGGCCAAAUCCUUAAGUAUUCCGGAAUUUAAAAAUCCUUUUAAACCAGGUGGUAUCCUGCCUUUAAACACAAAACAGUAAGAGGGUCUACUAUGAUGCAAAAAAUACAAAAACAGGUUUUGCAUAGUUUAUAUCGAAUAUAUUUGGAUUUGUAAUGGCGUGAAUGCAAGUGCAAAAAUACAUUAUAUUAAUUAGUUUUUAACAAAAGGGGUUAAUGUGUUCGGCCGAAAUAACGAUCCACUCAGAAUCCGGCAUCUCGUUGUGACGUAAAUAUCUCAGGAGUAUGCAACAAGGUAAUAAGUGUUACAACCCAACCUAUCAACUUCUGUCUAGUCAAAAAACCAUUUCGGAAUUUCAGUUACCACUUCCUGAGAUGCACCACUUAUUGCAUUUCUCUAAAAAAAUGCGCAAGACUCACCUUCAAGCAUAUAAUGCUUUUUUAAAACUGCACCUCCUAUGGGUGACGGAGUUCGGCUCUACAAGAAUCCACUACUUUUUCUGAAGAUUUGCAUAUGUCAUUCUAGACUUUUCAACUUACACAUUGGGCUAUUUCUCUGAAAACUUUAAUCUAUUCUUCAUACUGCAACACAGAUAAUUUUGUGUUCCUAGAGCAUUUCAGUCUAAACGCAAGUAUACUAGGUAGCAUAUUUGAUCAUGUCAGUUCCGCAAAUAUUCUAAAACUUGCGAGAUUUAUAACUGGAUAUGCUACUAAUUUAAUACCUAGUUAAGCUCAGAGGAGACUUUUUAUUAGGUAGGAAUACGAAACGAAGGCGUUGCCGGUUAUUUUGGGAGGGACGAUGACUGAUUGACGUUCGUGUGGAGGCGUCUGCGCAGUGCAGACCGUGUAAGCAACGGCGUUUUUCGAAUGGAUCUUCCCAUUCAAAGGGAACAGGCUAAGCUGCACGAAGAAACCCCGGACCAUGCAUCUUACUACUCUGUUUUGCGACCUUAUAAAAGCAAAUUUUUUCGGGUGAUAGCAUAAAAAGACGCUUCUAUCAUGGUGAUUGAGUUUGAUUGUAACCUGUUACCUGUCCGCUAAGAUUAUAGAUGCUGAUCACUGCCCUUUUGUUGAAAAAAUAGUGCAUACAGGCGUCAACUCCUUGUUCAGGCCUGAAGCAGCUUGCAUAUUUUCAGGUCCCAGCAAUGAAAUGUUAAAACUACGUCAAUAUCAGUUCAUUAAUAACAUAAUCUACCUAUCUAGACGUCACCUAAGAUUACUUGAAUACCAGCAAGUUUUAUUGUUUUACGACAAAUUCGGUUUCCAUGCUUUCGGAAUUUUUAUGAAAUGGUGUUAUUAUUUUAAAUUAUUCGGAGUACUUUUAACAAAUUAUACGGAAUAAAGAAUUUGGUUGUCUAAAAACAAUGCGUUUGAUUUGUGAAGAGCGCAGUGUCCACAGCAAACUUUAGUAGUGACUGGCAACUGAUCACGAUUCUAGCUAACGUUUCUUUGUCAGCUCGUGCUUUUUAAGUGCACUCUGCGCGGACAGGCCUCAUAGGGCGCUACUUAACGAGGCCGAAGUAGUUACAGACAGGGGAGAAUUAGUCUGUAAAAGAUCGAUAAACGCGGUUGGCGUCUGCGGUCAGCCAGCAAGCUGCUUUUAAACUUGCAUAACCAGACCGUUUCUGAAAAUAAGAGAACACCACCUUCACGAAAUAAAGACGUGCUAUCGAUAAUUAGGGUUCCGUUUUGGACUUCUUCGAUAAACUAAAUCGAGUUGUGGAAGCAAAGUCCUAGCAAUAUAAACAAAGGAGUAUUCUCAAUGGUCUCUAUUAAAAAUUCGGCAAUUUAAACGUUAAGACGUUUUUAAACCAAGCUGAGACAUUUAUUAGGGAAUCGUUCAAAAUUCGGAAGAAUAACGGCGUCGAGUAAGCUGAGAACAAACGAUUGUUGGAAACUUAUCAUGAAACAAGUUAGUUUAUUAGGUCUUUUGAUAGUUAAAAUUAGCGAUUCGUUUUCCGCGCGGAGAAUAAGUGCACACCGCAUCAGCGGACUUUAAUGAAUGGGGCGUGCCUUGAAUUUUCGCCUAAAUUAAAGUGCAUGUAAAUGCACAGAAAAAGCAUUUCCGACUUUCUACUGAGCGGCAUAAUAAACACUAGUUUAGUGCCAGUUGCGAAAUUCAGUCUGAAUUUUGUAGAUCGAUUACGGCGAUUUCGAGGUAGUCUUGAUGAAAGCAAUCGAAGUUAGAAGGAACACUGACGAGGGCGAGGACGACUAGAACGUCCACUCCUGCUUAUUUGUUUUCAAUAGUCCGCUGUGCAACAGCACAAUGUCCUGACCAGCAUCAUUGAGGUAUUUAAGUCAAUAGCCUCGCCAACCGAGGAGCGGACCAACGCCGUGCCAGCCAUUAUUGGACUAAUUAAAAAUCACCGGAUGCCAGAAUUUGCCGAUCUUUCACAACAGUUGGGUAGAAUCCCUAUUAGGAAAUGCAAUGAACGGUAGAGAAGUGGUACCGACAAAGGUUAAGUACAGUGAAAUCAGCAUAUUGACAUAUUCUUCGUUAUAAGCAAGCCAAACACUAGUCCUCAUCUGAAAGACCCGAAACUUGAAUCGGGGUGAGUUAUCAUUAAAGAUUUGGAUUGACUUCAGUAACAUUUAAUCCGUGUCUUCACACCUUGUCAGUUGCAGUCGGGCAAUUGAGGCCUAAGUGACUAAUAGACAGACAAAAUAUAAAUUGCAUUAUGACAGCCGGCAAUAAAAGAGUUUGAGUCCGAUGGUCGAUAAUCAUCUGACCCUAGUUUUAAUCUCGGGGCAUUCAAGCAUGUUGUUCGUGCUAGUGUCAGAGAAAGGUAAAUAGGUAAAGAAAUAUUCAUUUGCCCUUAUUCCUUCCACAUUUUAAUUGCUUGAUGUGGAUCACACAGUUGUCCCCAAGGUGGGACACGCGGAGUAGGUCCGCCCCCAUAGCAAUUCAGAUGGCCUUGCGUUAAAUUCCAGGAGGUCACCCAGUCCCGAGUCUUAACUCCUACUACUAACGUUAGUCCAAACCAAAGGCAUAAAUGAUCCUUACUGGCUUUUUCACUGAGCAGUCUUCACGUGCAACUCAUUGUUAACCAUUAAGCCAAAAAAGAAAUCAGUUUCUUUUCUGAGAGGGAUUAUUGAAACCCAUGUUCAUGCACUCGAACGUAAAUUUCAAAAGUAACUUCGAAAUGUACUCCAUCGUACUCGCGAGAUUCAUAUAAGCUAAAUGAUGGGGAGCGUGUUUUGCAAAAUUUUCUACAGCUGCCCGGAGCAGCUGUGAGGCAGUUGGAUCCGCAAUGUGUCGUUCAAACUUCCGCUUGUAGUUUAAGACAUACUGUCACCCUAAUCUAUGCUGAGUUUUUCAGUUUAUCUGAGUGCACUGCAGGAAACCAAAGUCAAAUGGUUGCGCUUGAUAUUAUCUGGCUUUCUCCUGACAUUGGCGUUUAGGAAUCGGUGAAUGCACUUCUAGGUGUUUUCAAAACAGGACAAAGCUGAACAAAGGACAUAUAAUAACCUGAAGGACAUCUUAAAAUGUCCAUUUGGAUAAAAUGUAAGGUAUAAUGUGGUUUUAUCAAUAGGAAGAUGAAAUCAGCUUAACGAAACAGCGAUUGUUGGGCAACAUAAAAUUACGUGCCUUGUAGCUCGUGGAGCAUGAUGACACGGAAAAGUGUGACAUACUGGUAUCCUGUGAGGUCAAAUUAUGUAAUUAACCAGAUUUCCUGCACUAGAAAAACUAACGUGCACUUUUAUCGAGGCUCCCAAGAGAGAAGCAGGUCCAUCAAUAAAAGUUUCCUUCUGUGGCACUUAUUUUUUAUUGAGUGGUCAAACUACAAAAAGGGUUGGUAGCAAUGAAGUCAGGUUAGUAAAUUGGAAGCAGUUAUCUCGGUUAGUCGCAGGUGCUCUGCACAAAUACCCUAAUGUAUAACAGAAAAACAAAUAUUGCCUUGCAACUUUCUACGAAGAAACGAAUCUGCUGUAAAAUCGCAAAAAUAAUAAAUAGGCGAUGCAUUGCAACAUUUAGAAUAAAACGCUGGCAAGAGUGUGGUUUAUGGCGGGGGUUACUUACUCCAGGGUGCAUUUGUGUUGAGAAAAAUAGAUGAACAUCUAAGAACUUUCGGGUUCCACAAAUAGUGAUCCUUCAUAUUGCCAUCAAUUAAAAUGGAACACCAUUUUACCAUUUAGUGAUAAUAGUUAAUGAAUGUGGUUCAGGAAUUGUCAAAAAAGCAUUACAUCGUCGUACUCCGAUGACCACUCUAAAGCACCUUGCCCAUCCUUACGCAACAGCCACUGCAGGGUUUUUUUUACUCCCUUUUCUGGUACGUACAAACAAAUGUCUUCAGUUAUUUUCUUUUAGCGCAAUUACUCUCUGGAGUAAUAAGCCCCGGCCAUGAACCAUACCCUUUCCAAAACGUUUCUAAAAAUUGACGUUUAUUUUAGUUGCGAACAUUACAGAGAAAAGGCCCUUUGCUUGUUGAAUUGAGUAGAGGCAAACGAUUUUUUAAUGGAGACUUAGCCCAUUUUUAUUUUCCUCACGAGAGGGUCAUUGUUUGCCGCGACAAGCGUGUGCUCUAUAGAUCCACACAGACGAUUGUAUACACCUUUGAACGUUUGAGUCAGGCCUCACUCCCAAACGACGAUGCAGUGAAAGUGUAUUUUCUCUCUUAGGAUCGGAAAGCAAAUACAGCAGGAACCACAGUAAGAAGUUGAUAUAAGGAACCCUGGAAAACGCAACACAAGUUUUCAGGCUGAGCAAGGUUAGCGGAAUCUAGAACUGGGUCUCGGCAACAGCAAAUGUUAGUCGUAUGGUUAACAAGGACUGGAAACCGGCGGCUUUAGUCGUUUGAGGGAAAUACAAAUCGCUACGAAGCAUUUAAUGAUAACCGCCACUGGCUACCCUUGCAUGUGACAGUCUCUCCAGGUGGUUUGUAAAUCAAAGCAUCACACUAUAAGUCCACUACCAUGAUAAUUCAGCAGCAAAAAUACACGAUGGAUAUUUGAUGUAUUUGUGUGCUCAAAUGAACAGCAUUCAUUAAGUCAACCAGAGUCUGAAGCCUAAAUAUGUCCUAUAACGGAGGCGUCGGAAUAAAUAAUAAAUAGCUAAAAUCAACAGCCUGAAAUCCGAUAAUGCCCACAAGUCCGAAUUUUUAACCGUCAGCGGUAUGCGCUCUCACCAUGUUGUCACAAAGGGGGCACCUUCAGCAGCCAGAAAGACCGACUUCCUCGCCAACGUGUUUUCCGAUUUUCUAUGUCAUGCUGCAAACCACUGUACAUUAAUCAUGAUAGUUCGCCGAAUGCCAAUGUCCUACGUCCCCCGCCAGUUGCCAAAAUGUCAGGCAUGCAGAUAAUCAUUCGUCGGGAUGGAGAGGCAAUUGGCACUAUUAACUACAUGUAUCAAAAGGACAGUGUGAACGGCUAACAACAGGAGGUUUGAAACUAGUAAACGUUGACAUAUAUUCUGUGUUAAAAAUCAGCCGAAAGUAAUCGGCUACAGAAGCCAUAUGAGUCGGAAUUUGGUAUUAUCUCUCUAGUUCAUUGUGCCAAUCUAAGUUAACAACCGAUAAAAGUAUGUCACAUUAGCGCACCGGUAGACUCUAGGUGAGUCUCAGCCUCCCUUUACGAGGUUCAUUUAUGUCCCAUAGCAAAGGAAGCCUCCAACAGCAUUGCCACGACGACAGGAAAAUAUUCUUUAUCUGUGCAACACGGUGCACGUUAAACGGAAUCAAAAAAUCAGACCCAUAAAGCGAAAACUACCAGAUACAGAUAUGGUUGAGUUUCAUUAUCUUAUCAAAAAGUUUAGUCGACUGAAUACACCGAAGUUUGCACAGGGAACUGCAUGUCUCCCAAUUACAUGGAACAGAGAUCUGGAUAUGUAAAGAAAAACGCGAAAAUGUUAAACAGCGUGAAAAAUACCUUACUAAUAUGUACGAGAACUAAAACACUAUGUUGGCCGCAUUGUCUGAAAAUGUUGCUAUCCUCGUAAAGGUUCCAAUGUAUCUUAAAUCAUCUUUCUGGCAAGAACGGUCCCUAAAUUACCAGACCUCUAAAAAUGAGCACAUCCAUUUGCUGUGUCCGUAAACAACCGUUAAAACAAAAACUAGUGCGUCUAUGUCUGUGAAAGUUAAUGAAUGCUAUUAGUUGGAAACUGGAAAAACAAUCCCUGAACCAUUCAUUCUCCCUUACCUAACUUUAUCCGCAUUUUAUGUUCUACCUUAUUUUUUAUAUUUUUUUUCCAUUUUUCUUCCUCCCGGAGCAUUGUUUAGUGUGAAACAUGUCAGUAGUUACUCUAGCACUUAUAGAAAAAUGUUGUUCCUAAAGCCUACAGCAUUUCUUUGACCUUUCUAUUUGUGCGCAAUUUUAUUGCACCAUUUUAUGCUGCCUAUGAAAGCAGUGGCACAUUCAAUUGGGCGAGAGUAUAAAACGUGAUCGCAUAUUUUUUCAAAACGCACCUUCAUAAUUUGCGAUAAGAUGCUUUCUAAACAAUAGGCGUUGAAUUGUGGUUUGCUGUUUUCCUCUCUUCUGUACUAUGGAUAAAUGGAUCUGUAGCAUAUUGUGUCUGUGAAGGUAUAUUUGAAUUCGGAACGUCUUAAAUCACUCCUGAAUGUUAUACGUAACCCUAUCUCACUAAGAUACUUGUUAAAUAGGGGUAAGUGAUUAGGUAUUUGACAUCCCGUUAUGUUGCUGAAACUUCUGGGCUUUUGACUGCAAGGCGUAAGUCGUCCCAAUGACUUUCCCUGUUAUUUAUUUCGCUUUUAAAGAAAUAUUUUUUAAACCUUUUAGAAACCGCGGCUACAAAACCAACGACCGGUUUUACUUGGCUUUCGGGACUCAAAUUAUGUGGAUGUAUGCGUCGUUAAUGUGAAAUAAUCAAAACACAGCGGCCUUCACAACGUCUAGAAUGCCAGAUUCCUCCUUAUUAUUUUCAAACGAAGUUCUCAAUGUCAUUAAUUCACGCUUUAUCCAAUGACGUUCAAAGAAUUUUAUUUUCCGCAGUGACUUAUGUUCAAUAAAACGUCUGCUUUUAAAAUGAAAUUCCAUUCAAUAUGUGGUACUGUCUUAUUUUUCAUCGCUUUUCAUUAUUCACAGGCUUCAAAAUUAACGAUUGA